CACAAGCUUCAUUAUUCCACUCUGGGGCACAUAUAUCCCGUCUCAAACCGCCGGGCUCCUCGACGCUAAGGCACUCCGAUCUGUUGCAAGCCCCUGCACUGGAGUGAAGACCAGACCCAGUCUGGGUGUGGAUUUGGUCCUGCGACUUCGCGCGGGUCCACAUCAGAGAGAGAGGGAGAGCCUCAGCAAAGCAGGGGGAGCUUCAGUUUGGGGGGGAUAGCCCAGCCGACCAAUGGGAACAGGGAAGCUGGCUCAGGUGCUGCUGGGAUGGGCGGCUGUUUGUCUCAGCGCCGUUCAGGCGACUAGUACUCAAACUGGAAAUGGACCUUACCAAGCCAGCCGCUUCACCGGGAGUGUGGACCAGAGGGAAGCGCAGCGAGUCCGACGCCGUGGCCAGGAAACACUGAAAGGACCCAAUGUGUGCGGCUCUCGCUUCCAUUCGUACUGCUGCCCAGGCUGGAAGACGCUGUCCGGAGGGAACCAGUGUAUUGUCCCGAUUUGCAGGAAUUCGUGUGGCGAUGGGUUCUGUUCCAGACCCAACAUGUGCACCUGUUCCAACGGCCAGCUCUCUCCCAGCUGUGGAGGUGGAGGAAUUCAGUCCUGUAAUAUCAGGUGUAUGAAUGGUGGCAGCUGCAUGGAGGACUCCUGUUCCUGUGCAAAGGGAUACACUGGGAACCACUGUGGACAGCCUGUGUGUGACAACGGCUGCCAGAACGGCGGGCGCUGCAUCGGGCCCAACAGAUGUGCCUGCGUCUACGGUUUCACUGGCCCUCAGUGCGAGAGAGACUACAGGACAGGACCAUGUUUCACCCAGGUGAGCAACCAGAUGUGCCAGGGCCAGCUGAGUGGAAUUGUCUGCACCAAAACGCUUUGCUGCGCCACCAUUGGCCGAGCAUGGGGCCACCCCUGUGAGCAGUGCCCCGCCCAGCCGCACCCCUGCAGACGAGGCUUCAUCCCCAACAUCCGCACCGGGGCCUGCCAAGAUGUAGACGAGUGCCAGGCAGUGCCAGGCCUGUGUUCUGGAGGCAACUGUAUCAACACUGUCGGAUCGUAUGAAUGUAAAUGCCCUGCUGGUCACCGUCAGAGUGAAACCAGCCACAAAUGUGAAGACAUUGAUGAAUGCAGCACCAUUCCUGGUGUGUGUGACGGAGGAGAGUGCACCAACACUGCUGGUAGCUACGUCUGCACCUGUCCACGAGGCUACAUCUCCAGCACAGAUGGCUCCAGAUGUGUGGAUCAGCGUGUGGGCACCUGUUUCUCCGCUCUUGCUAAUGGCCGCUGUGCAGCAGAGCUGAAUGGCCAGCACACAAAGAUGCAGUGUUGCUGUGAAACAGGACGCUGCUGGGCUUUGGGCCAGAUCCCCGAGAUGUGUCCUGUCAGGGGCUCCGAUGAGUUCAGGCGCUUGUGCAUCGUGGGUGUCCCACAAGGACUCCCUCACACCUUCCCCAACGGGUACUUCCCCAGCAACAAUGGAAACUAUGGAUUCAAGUUCCCCACUAUACCCCAUGGUAAUGGGAAUGGAAAGCCACACACCAACGGAGGAGGCGACGGUUUCGGAGACAAUAACGGAGGAGGCACGAACCACCGGAACAUCGGCACCGCUUCUCUGAAUGAGACCCUUGAUUUUUGCCAACAUUUCACCCACCUGUGCUUAAAUGGACGCUGCAUCCCAACUCGCGGGAGCUACCGCUGCGAGUGUAACAUGGGAUACAAUCAGGACGUCCGCGGGGAAUGUAUUGAUGUGGAUGAGUGUGUGAGUAACCCAUGUAUCAAUGGCGACUGUGUCAACACACCUGGGUCGUACCACUGCAAGUGUCACGAGGGAUACCAGGGCACCCCUACCAAACAGGCCUGCAUUGAUAUCGAUGAGUGUAUCGUAAACGGAAUGAUGUGUCGCAACGGCCGCUGCGUCAACACGGAGGGCAGCUUCCAGUGCAUCUGCCAUGCUGGCUUUGAGCUCACUCCGGACGGGAAGAACUGCGUUGAUCACGACGAGUGCGCCACUACCAACAUGUGCCUCAACGGCAUGUGCAUCAACGAGGACGGCAGCUUCAAAUGCAUCUGCAAGCCGGGCUUCUCUCUGGCACCGGGCGGGCGGUACUGCAUCGAUAAUGACGAGUGUCUCACACCUGGCAUCUGCAUGAACGGCCGCUGCAUCAACAGUGAAGGGUCCUUCCGCUGCGAGUGCCCGCCGGGCCUGGCCGUCGACGUCGACGGACGGGUGUGCGUGGACACGCACAUGAGGACCACCUGCUACGGGGCCAUAAAAAUGGGCACUUGCUCGCGUCCGUUUCCGGGAGCAGUCACCAAGUCCGAGUGCUGCUGCGCUAAUCCCGAGCACGGCUUUGGAGAACCCUGCCAACCCUGCCCAUCCAGAAACUCAGCUGAGUUCCAGGCUGUGUGCAGCAGUGGGAUUGGUAUCACAACCGAUGGAAGAGACAUCAAUGAGUGCGCCUUGGACCCAGAUAUCUGCCAGAACGGCGUGUGUGAGAACCUCAGAGGAAGUUACCGCUGCAUCUGCAACAUUGGCUACGAGUCUGACACGAGUGGAAAGAACUGCGUUGACAUCAACGAGUGUCUGGUGAACCGACUGCUUUGCGACAACGGGCUGUGCAGAAACACCCCCGGCUCCUACACGUGCUCCUGCCCCAAAGGGUUCGUCUUCAAACCCGACUCCGAGACGUGCGAGGACAUCAACGAGUGUGAAUCCAGCCCAUGCAUCAACGGAAUAUGUCGCAAUGUCGCCGGGUCCUUUAACUGUGAGUGCGCCCAUGGCAGCAAGCUGGACUCCACAAACACCAUCUGCGUUGACAGCAUGAAGAGCACUUGCUGGCUCACGAUACAGGACAACCGCUGUGAGGUGAACAUCAACGGAGCCACGCUGAAGUCGGAGUGCUGCUCCACGCUGGGAGCCGCUUGGGGCAGCCCCUGUGAACCCUGCGAGAUCGACACGGCUUGCUCUCGAGGAUUUGCUCGCAUGAAUGGCCUCGUCUGUGAAGACAUUAACGAGUGCGAAGUGUUCCCUGGAGUGUGCACGAAUGGCCGGUGUGUGAACACCCAGGGCUCGUUCCGUUGUGAGUGCGCUGCAGGCCUGACUUUGGACAGCAGUGGUCGCUUAUGUGUGGACAUGCGCAGCGAGCAGUGCUAUAAGAAAUGGCACGAGGAUGAGUGCGGUGAGCCCCUUCCGGGAAGGUACCGCGUGGACAUGUGCUGCUGCUCUGUGGGCGCUGCUUGGGGGGUCGAUUGUGAGGAAUGUCCUAAACAAGGGACACCUGAGUUCAGCACCAUCUGUCCCAGAGGUCGCGGCUUUGCCAACAGAGGAGAUAUUCUCACCGGCAGGUCCUUCUACAAAGAUGUGAAUGAAUGUAAAGUCUUCCAGGGCCUGUGUACUUAUGGAACUUGCAGAAACACAAUCGGCAGCUUCAAGUGUCGGUGCAACAACGGUUUUGCUCUCACGGCCGAAGAGAGGAACUGCACAGAUAUUGAUGAGUGCCGAAUCUCCCCUGACCUAUGCGGCCACGGUACAUGUGUCAACACCCCCGGAAGCUUUGAGUGCGAGUGCUUUGAAGGCUAUGAAAGUGGCUUCAUGAUGAUGAAAAACUGCAUGGACAUUGAUGAGUGUGAGAGAAACCCCCUGCUGUGCCACGGAGGAACCUGUCUGAACACAGAUGGAAGCUUCGAGUGUGAAUGUCCCACAGGAUAUGUGCUCAGCAAUGACGCAUCUGUCUGCGAAGAUAUGAAUGAGUGCCAGCUGAGUGACAACUUGUGCAGAAACGGGCAGUGCGUCAACAUGCCCGGAACCUACCAGUGCUCCUGUAACAUCGGGUACCAGGCCACACCUGACAGACAGGGCUGCGUUGAUAUUGACGAGUGCACCAUCAUGAACGGAGGUUGUGAGACUCACUGUACCAACUCGGAGGGGAGUUAUGAGUGCAGCUGCAGCGAGGGCUAUGCUCUGAUGCCGGACCUCAGGACGUGUGCAGAUAUUGACGAGUGUGAAGAGACUCCAGAUGUCUGUGAUGGAGGCCAGUGCACCAAUAUUCCUGGGGAAUAUCGCUGCCUUUGUUUUGAUGGAUUCAUGGCUUCCAUGGACAUGAGGACAUGUAUCGAUGUGAACGAAUGUGAUUUGAACCCAAACAUCUGUCUCCACGGUGACUGUGAGAACACGAAAGGCUCCUUCAUCUGCCAUUGCCAACUGGGAUACUUUGUCAAAAAGGGAUCCACAGGCUGCACAGAUAUUGAUGAGUGUGAGAUUGGAGCGCACAACUGCGACAUGCACGCCGCUUGUAUUAAUGUGCCGGGGAGCUUCAAGUGUCGCUGUAGAGAUGGCUGGGUGGGAGACGGCAUCAAGUGUGUGGAUUAUGACGAAUGUUUCUCAGAGGACCACAGCUGCCACCCCAAUGCAGACUGUGUCAACACACCAGGAUCGCAUAGGUGUACGUGCAAAGAAGGCUUCAAUGGAGACGGCUUUUCAUGCUCUGACAUGGAUGAGUGCGCGGACAACGUCAACCUGUGUGAGAACGGGCAGUGUCUGAAUGCUCCUGGAGGCUACCGCUGCGAGUGCGAGAUGGGCUUCACUCCCACAGAGGACAGCAAGGCCUGCGAGGAUAUCGAUGAGUGUAAUUUCCAGAACAUCUGCGUGUUUGGAACCUGUCAGAACCUUCCAGGGAUGUUCCGCUGUGUUUGUGAUGAAGGCUACGAACUAGACCGCAGUGGAGGGAACUGCACUGAUAUCAACGAGUGUGCCGUCCAUGUGAACUGCCUCAAUGGAAUCUGUGUGAACAUACCAGGGAGCUACAUGUGUAACUGUCCACCUGAGUUUACGCUCAACCCCACCGGGGUGGGCUGUGUGGAUACCCGUGUCGGCAACUGUUUCUUGGACAUCCUUCCCCGGGGUGACGGAGGAAUCUCCUGCAGCGUGGAGAUCGGCGUGGGUGUUACACGCGCUUCCUGCUGCUGCUCCGAUGGAAGAGCUUGGGGAAGCCCCUGUGAACUCUGCCCUGCCUCCAAUUCCUCCGAAUACAAGACCCUCUGUCCAGGAGGGGAGGGGUUUAGACCCAACCCCAUCACUGUUCUUCUGGAAGACAUCGAUGAGUGCAUGGAGCUACCAGGUCUCUGCCAGGGCGGAAACUGCAUUAACACCUUCGGUAGCUUCCAGUGUGAGUGUCCACCGGGCUACUAUCUGAAUGAAGAGACGCGGAUCUGUGAAGACAUUGAUGAAUGCACAACUCAUGUUGGGAUCUGCGGACCUGGCACCUGCUACAAUACUUUGGGCAACUACACCUGUGUGUGCCCCCCCGAAUACAUGCAGGUCAAUGGAGGAAACAACUGCAUGGACAUGAGGAAGAGCGUGUGCUACCGCAACUUCAACGACACGUGCGAGAACGAGCUGUCGUUCAACAUGACCAAGAAGAUGUGCUGCUGUGCCUACAACGUGGGCAAAGCUUGGAAUAAGCCAUGCGAGCCGUGUCCCACGCCUGCUACCAAUGCGUACCGGACGCUGUGCGGCAACCUGUCUCCUGGCUUCAUCAUCGACAUCAAAACGGGCAAGCCAGUUGAUAUUGAUGAGUGCAGAGAAAUCCCCGGUAUCUGCGCCAACGGCGUGUGCAUCAACCAGAUCGGGAGUUUCCGCUGUGAAUGUCCAAUGGGCUUCAGCUACAACAACAUACUACUGAUUUGUGAAGAUAUUGAUGAGUGCAACAGCGGGGACAACCUGUGCCAGCGCAACGCAAACUGCAUCAACAUUCCAGGCAGCUACCGCUGCGAGUGCUCCCCGGGGUUCAAACUGUCCCCCAGCGGGGCCUGUCUGGAUCGAAAUGAGUGCCAGGAGAUUCCUAAUGCUUGCAGCCACGGAGAGUGCAUUGACACUCAGGGCAGUUAUCGCUGUCUCUGCCACAACGGCUUCAAGGCCACUGCUGAUCUGACCAUGUGCAUGGACAUCGAUGAAUGUGAAAGGCAGCCCUGCGGUAAUGGUACCUGUAAAAACACGGUGGGAUCCUACAACUGCCUCUGUUUCCCAGGAUUUGAGCUCACACACAACAAUGACUGCAUGGACAUAGACGAGUGCUUUGCCCUGCAGGGCCAAGUGUGCAGGAAUGGACAAUGCAUCAACGGCAUUGGCUCCUUUCAAUGUCUAUGCCACGAGGGUUACGAAAACACCCCUGAUGGAAAGAACUGCAUUGAUAUCAAUGAGUGUAUUAGUCUACCUGGAACAUGUUCUCCCGGAACCUGCCAGAAUCUGGAUGGAUCCUUCAGAUGUAUUUGCCCUCCGGGUUACGAGGUGCAAAAUGACCAGUGUUUAGAUAUCAAUGAAUGUGAGGUAGAACCCAACAUCUGCCAGUAUGGCACCUGCACCAACACCCCGGGCAGCUUCCAGUGCUCCUGCCAACCCGGCUUUGUACUCUCAGACAACAAACGCCGAUGCUACGACACCAGAGAGAGCUUCUGUUUCACCAAGUUCGAGGCGGGCAAAUGCUCAGUCCCUAAAGUGUACAACACCACCAAGGCCAAGUGCUGCUGCAGCAAGAUGGCCGGAGAGGGCUGGGGACUUCCCUGUGAGCUGUGUCCACGAGAAACGGAUGCCGCUUUCAACGCGCUGUGCCCCUACGGCCACGGAGUCCUGCCUGGACUGGGUGACACUCGAGAAGAUAUGAACGAGUGUCUGGAUAAUCCUGGAAUCUGCCAGAAUGGAAUAUGCAUCAACACAGAUGGUUCUUUCCGAUGCGAAUGCCCCUUCGGAUACAAUCUGGAUUACACUGGAGUCAGCUGUGUUGACACGGAUGAGUGCUCCAUUGGAAACCCCUGCGGAAAUGGGACAUGCACCAAUGUAGUGGGAGGCUUCGAGUGUUCGUGCCAGGAGGGCUUUGAACCCGGACCCAUGAUGACUUGUGAAGACAUCAACGAGUGCUCCCAGAAUCCCCUCCUUUGUGCCUUCCGUUGCGUCAACACGUUUGGGUCCUACGAGUGCAUGUGUCCUGCCGGGUACGUGCUGCGAGAUGACCAGCGCAUGUGCAGAGAUCAGGACGAGUGUUCAGAGGGAUUGGAUGACUGUGACUCUAAAGGCAUGACCUGCAAGAACCUGAUUGGAACCUUUAUGUGUAUCUGCCCUCCUGGCAUGCAGCGCCGACCAGAUGGAGAGGGAUGCAUGGACUUGAACGAGUGUCGCGCCAAACCAGGAAUCUGUAAGAACGGUCGCUGCAUCAACACGGUGGGAAGCUACCGCUGCGAGUGCAACGACGGCUUUGAGCCAAGCUCAUCUGGAACUGAAUGUAUUGACAACAGAAAGGGCUUCUGUUACACAGAGGUCCUGCAGACGAUGUGCCAGCAGCUGUCGACCAACAGGAACACUGUGACCAAAUCCGAGUGCUGCUGCAACGCGGGUCGAGGCUGGGGGUCACAGUGUGAGCUGUGCCCUCUACCGGGCACAGUGCAGUACAAGAAGAUGUGCCCUCUUGGACCAGGCUACACCACAGAUGGUAGAGACAUCAAUGAGUGCCAGGUCUUGCCAGAUCUGUGCAAGAAUGGUCAGUGCAUCAACUCUAUAGGAUCCUUCCGCUGCCACUGCAAUGUAGGAUACAAGACUGACUUCACCAGCACCUCCUGUGUUGAUGUGGACGAAUGCUCCUUAUCUCCGAAGCCCUGUAACUUCCUGUGUAAAAACACUGAAGGCAGUUACCUGUGCUCCUGCCCCAGAGGAUACAGCCUACAACCAGAUGGAAAGACCUGCAAAGAUCUGGACGAGUGUUCAACCAAGCAGCACAACUGCCAGUUCCUCUGCGUUAACACCAUAGGAGGCUUCAGCUGCAAGUGUCCUCCUGGCUUCACUCAGCAUCAGACCGCCUGCAUUGAUAACAAUGAGUGCACGGGCCAAAACAGUGUUUGUGGCUCUCGAGCUUCCUGCGUCAACACCCCUGGUAGCUUUAACUGCGAAUGCUCUAAAGGUUUCUCUCUGGACACCUCUGGCCUGGAGUGUGAAGAUGUGGACGAGUGUAGCAAUAACCACCGCUGCCAGCAUGGCUGUCAGAACAUGCUGGGAGGUUUCCGCUGCGGCUGUCCUCAGGGCUACGUGCAGCACUACCAGUGGAACCAGUGUGUGGAUGAAAACGAGUGUCAGGGCGGGACUGUUUGCGGCUCCGCUUCCUGCUACAACACCCUGGGCAGCUUCAAGUGCGUCUGUCCUUCGGGCUUCGACUUUGAGCAGAACGCCGGGGGCUGCCAGGAUGUGAAUGAAUGCACGUCGGGCCCAAACCCCUGCAUCUACGGCUGCUCCAACACUGACGGAGGCUACCUGUGCGGCUGUCCGGGAGGAUUCUUCAGAGCCGGACAGGGCCACUGUGUUUCAGGCUCAGGGUUCCCAGGCCAGCUCAGUGAUGGCGAGGAUGAUGACAGCCUGUCUCCUGAAGCUUGCUAUGAGUGCAAGAUCAACGGCGGAGGAAAGAACGGACGGCACAGGCGCAGCGCCGAUGAAAAUGAACUGAAUCAGGAACCGGCUGUGAGUAUGGCCAGCGUGGACACCCAGGCCUCCAUCCCCAUGAACCUCUCCCUGGCCUCGCUGCUCAACAAGGAGCCUCUGCUCGAGCUUCUCCCCGCCCUGGAGCCCCUGGAGCAUCACGUGCGUUACAUCAUAACCCACGGCAACAGCGGCGAACACUUCCGCCUCGUGGAGCGCCGGGACGGAAAGAGCGUCCUGCGGCUCGGGAAGAGACCGCCUCCGCCAGGGUCCUACCGGCUGGAGAUCACCAGCCUGCCUCUGUUCGGACCGCGCCGGCUACAUCAGCUGGAGGAGCAGCACGACUACGACUACCUACAGGGGGAGCUGGGAGAUGCUCUGCGCAUCAAGCUCCAAAUUCACCUGCACUGAGCUUAGUCUGUGUGUGUGCGCGAUGUGUUUUUUUUUUUUUUUUUCUGGACUUCUUUUUCAACCAUCAAGUAACUCCCCACCACUAUCAUGAAAGGACCAUCAGACUAUAAGGGGGAGAAUGACGGGCCAUUAAAAACUCAGAGUCAAUAAGCCCACCUCUACCACCACUUUGUUACUCUUCAAGUUAUAUGUUGAUGUGUUGUUGUUGUUUUUUUCCUUUUUUUAUGUACCAUGACUGUAAUUCUACCUGACCUAGCACUCAUUUCUCCGCUGAGAGACAGCGGAGAAAAGAUGGCAAAGAGGUGCUCUUGUGUUCGGACCACUGCCACUCCAUACAGAAAGCGUAGCAGGUCUGUUUAGGCUAGAUAGGUUUUUUUUAUUCACAGUGUCUUAAUGUUUCAAAGGCUCAGCUAAAACUUUGUUUUUUUUUUUUGUUUUUGUUGUUCAAUCGUGUAAAAGUACCUGGUCUAGGAUUCUUUGUCCUCUUUGGGAUCUAAAGAAAAAAACAGAAAUCACAACACUGGGGAUAAAGGUUUGCCACAUUUUAACCCCUCUCAGUAUUCAAGUGUGCCAUUUUUUUUUGUAUUUGUGCUUUUUUUUUUUUUUUUUUUUUUUUUUGGAAAGAUGUCACCACGAAGGACUGCAACAUUUACACAGCAUUUCAGGUUCAUACGUCCAAAGCACUCUGCUCUUUGCUGCCCCGUGUCGACCGGUCCUCGGAUGCAGACACAAGGAAGCUACGUUCUGCUCCGACCGCGGCCGGUCGUUGCUCGCGCCCGCGGGCCGAGAGCAAAAGCAGGGAUUGGCGUGUUUGCGCGUGCGUGUGUGUGCUGUCAUGUUUGCUUACCUCAGUACCUCUUGCGGAUUGUGGACGCCUUGCCGUAAUGCUGACUUUGAAACAAAAGAGGGGGCUAGCGUCCCUCAGCAUCCAUCUUGGGCAGGGAAACAGCAGCUCGUAGGCUUUUAAAGAAGGUAGAUCAUGUCGAAUUUUUUUUUUAUAUAUAUCUUUGUUUCAGGUGUACUGAUUCUCAUCCUGAGAGCCCGCUUUGUCGUCGAGUGGGAAGCCUCCUGAAGUGCUUCAGGAGCUUUAGCUGAACUUAAGCUUACUUUAUCUGACUUCUUUGACGUCUGAAGGCUGAGCCUAGUUUACAACGCAGCAGGAACCAUCUCAAAGGUACAUGACAGCUAUAACAUACAAUGCUGUGGGAAACCAUCGGUCCCCUUACACAUUUCUUCUGUUUUUUUUUUUGUUUUUUUGUCACACUUGAAUUUUUAGAAUAACUAAAAACAGAUUUUCCUAACAGAGAUAACCUGAGUAAAUGUAAUAAUCAGUAUUGAAUGAUUUCAUUUGUUAAGGCAGAAAUCUAUGCAAAUCACAUUAGACCCACGCAAAAAAAGUAAACACUGAAUAGGUGUUUGUAAAACAAGCGUUUCUAAUAACUUGUAGGGAGCCUUUUAUGCCGCUAUGAAGGGAUUUGGGCUCAUGUUCCCUUAUAGCAUUUUUUUUUUCUUUUAGCCAUUAAGAGGGAGAAUUUAUGGUUCCAUAAUUUACAGCAAGUCGUCCAGGUCCUGAAGCAACAAAACAGCCCCGGGCCGUGACACUGUUGGUAUGAUUUGUGGAUUUUUGUUCUGAAAUUCUGUGCUCGUUUCAUGCCAAAUGUACCAACAUCACCAGUACCACUUUUGUAUCGUCAGUCCAUAGAAUAUUUCCUGCAAAGUCUUGUCUAGAUGUAUGGCACGUGCGAGACAGAGCUUUAUUUGCCCAUUUCUGCCCAGUGUCCUUCUUAUUGUUCGAUUAUUAACAGUGGGUUCAAGUGAAGAAAAUGAUAAGUGGACGAGUCAUCAAUGCACUAUUGUAGUAAUUUGGUAGGGUGAUCGUUAAUAUUAAGGUUCCCCACAGACCCCUGUUCUCUCCCUUUGUGGAUAAAAGGCAGAAACUGCGGUUCACUGGGGCUCAAAAGCCUUAGUAAUGGUUUAUAACCUAUAACUCUGGAUUAAUAGAUGUCAGGGCUUUAAAUCAGGGCUUGAUGUGUUGGUUUUUAGGUCCUUUAUCCUACUUCAUGUUGGCAGGCAUGCUAUUCAAGUGGUUUCAUGAUUCUAUGGUGCUGUAGUAAUUAGGCCUCGGUGUAGCUUGACAAAUCUAAUAAAAAAAAUAAAUAAAAAAAAAAACGUGGUUGAUCCCAGUUAAUUCAUCACUUAACAUGGGAGGCAAUAGUAUUUUCACACAAGGUUAAGUUGAUUAGUUUUAGAUAAUAUUUUUUCCCUCAUUAACAUUUUUUUAAAAACAUUUUACUGGAGUUUUUAUUUACUCGGGUCAUCUUUGUUUAUUUGCGACAUUAAAAUUUCACAAGAAUGUAAAAACUGAAGAAAUCUGUAAGGGGGCAAAAAUGUUUUCACAACACUGUAAAUUAGUGCUUUAGAGAGGAGGAUGGGCACACACAGGUGAACACAAAACCUCACAAAAAAAAAGUAAGAAUAUCUGUCAGGUCAUACAUGUUAUGUCUCUGAAAGAAAAAAAAAAGAAAAAAGGUGCUACAAUAUGCCAUCCGUGUUGCUGUACAAAGUAAUUGCAGUCUUGAAUCUGCUAACUUUUUUUUUUUAAACUAGGUUUUGUCGUGUCUGCCUUUUGAAAUGUCUUGACAAACAUAUUAUCAAACAUCCUUCUUGAAAAUGAAAUUGUAUAUUUUAAAUGAAAAGUAGAUUUUUUUUUUUUAAUACUGUCAACGCAGCAACAUAAACAUUGAAGGCUUUAAGCGACUGUGACGGUCUGUUUUAUUUUGGAAGGAAAUCCCCCCACCCCCAAAAAAAAGCAAGGUAGAAAAAAAAAAAGCAUAAUAUUUGAUGAUCGUUUCUCAUAUCGGUGAUCGGUGAUUAACAACUUUAUUGUUAUCUGUAAUUUCGCUAAACCUAAACUGUCUGUUUUGAUGCCAAAGAGGAUGGGGCGAACUUGCAAUGCUGGGAUCUACUUGGUGCUACAGUAAUCCUUCUCUUUAAACAUUCAGGGUUGUUGCACUCCACCACAGCUAACAACAAACCCAUGUUUAUAACACAUAACCAUUUUCUAAUUGGAAAAAAUCUGUAUACUUUGUAUCUUUACUGUCUGUCUGUAAUUUUUUUUCCUCUUUUAUUUGCUACUUUGAUUGUUAAACGGUGUGUGCUUACUGUCACACAUCUUCAAUGUCAAACUUGAAUACUGCCAUCACCAUCCCUUUUAGUAAAAAGAGAUUAAGCAGCAGGAAGGUGGGUUUCUUUUUUUUUUUUCAUAUUUUUUUUUAAAAUGAUCAACUUGAGACCCUGUGAUGGAAAAGUUUAACUAAAAGCUGAUGACAAUCGUUCUGUCGCACCUACAGCAACUUUCAGUCCUGAUGGAGGAACUGUCCAUGUCCUGAAUGAUUGUGUGACGAUAGAAACCAAAGAAUUUUCUUUACAACCGGUGUGAGAAAAAAAAAGAAAAAUUAUUCACAUUGUACCCUUUUGUCCGGUGACGAUCAUGGCAAUAAAAUGUUGUUAUAUUUUUUAA